AUGCCUUUCUCCUUUCCCGUAGCCCACUUCAUCCUCUUUGUCUUUACGGUUUCCACUAUAUUUCACGUUCAGCAGCGGCUAGCGAAGAUUCAAGCCAUGUGGGAGUUACCGGUGCAGAUACCAGUGCUAGCCUCAACAUCAAAGGCACUGGGACCCAGCCAGCUCAGGGGGAUGUGGACGAUCAAUGCGAUAGGCCGCCUGGGGAAUCAGAUGGGCGAGUACGCCACGCUGUACGCCCUGGCCAAGAUGAACGGGCGGCCCGCCUUCAUCCCGGCCCAGAUGCACAGCACCCUGGCCCCCAUCUUCAGAAUCACCCUGCCGGUGCUGCACAGCGCCACGGCCAGCAGGAUCCCCUGGCAGAACUACCACCUGAACGACUGGAUGGAGGAGGAAUACCGCCACAUCCCGGGGGAGUACGUCCGUUUCACCGGCUACCCCUGCUCCUGGACCUUCUACCACCACCUCCGCCAGGAGAUCCUCCAGGAGUUCACCCUGCACGACCACGUGCGGGAGGAGGCCCAGAAGUUCCUGCGGGGCCUGCAGGUGAACGGGAGCCGGCCGGGCACCUUUGUAGGGGUCCAUGUUCGCCGAGGGGACUAUGUCCAUGUCAUGCCAAAAGUGUGGAAGGGGGUGGUGGCCGACCGGCGAUACCUACAGCAGGCCCUGGACUGGUUCCGAGCUCGCUACAGCUCCCCCAUCUUCGUGGUCACCAGUAAUGGCAUGGCCUGGUGUCGGGAGAACAUUGACACCUCCCACGGUGAUGUGGUGUUUGCUGGCGAUGGCAUUGAGGGCUCACCUGCCAAAGAUUUUGCUCUACUCACACAGUGUAACCACACCAUCAUGACCAUUGGGACGUUCGGGAUCUGGGCCGCAUACCUCACGGGCGGAGACACCAUCUACCUGGCCAAUUACACCCUCCCCGACUCCCCUUUCCUCAAAAUCUUUAAGCCAGAGGCAGCCUUCCUGCCGGAGUGGAUGGGGAUUGCCGCAGACCUGUCCCCCUUACUCAAGCACUAA